AUGACCCCGACGGAGAAAACAAGUCGACAGGCUGUUUUUGUGUCAAGUGUUAACAGCGGCAUUAUUAGCGACGCAGUUGCUCCCAGUUAUUGGGCGACCAACCUGACCUCGCCUGUUCGCUUCUCCUCUGCUAUUGAGUCUGUUCUCAAUACUGUUCCUAAUAGCCUGUUCCUCGAAAUUGGACCCCACUCUGCUCUGUCCAGUCCGCUCUCUCAAAUUUGCAACAAACUCAAUAUGCCUUGCAAAUAUGUUACUUCCCAGUCUCGAGGAAACAAUUGCCAUGUCAGUUUUCUAUCUGCGAUUGGGAGGCUAUGGCAGGCAUCUGUGGCGUUGAAGCUUGACCCUUUAUUCAUGGGAAAGGAAGUGUCGGGGUUGCCUGAGCAUCCGUUGAACUACGCCGACUAUGGCAAGGAAAGUUUCUCAGUUGCCGAAACUGUGUUUCUUUCGCCAAAGGAUAAGCGCAGCCGAUUGAUCUCAGAAGCAGCAUCUAUAGUCCCUUCAGCGAACUCAGCUAUCGAAGCACCAGGAACAGAGUCAGAGCUGGUUCUGCGGGCUCUCUGGGCCGACAUCCUUCGCAACGUUCUUCAAGUUCCCAUGGCAGAUAUCGGAAGGCAGCAUAACUUUUUCUCUCUUGGUGGUGACUCUUUGACAACAAUUGAGCUUGUAACAGCUGCCUAUCGACAUGGAGUGCGUUUGUCUCCAGUAGACAUUGUGCAAAACCCUGAGCUUUGGCAGAUGGCUGCAGUGGCGCGCAUUGAUGAGGUUGAGAUGAUUGGAGAAGUCGUGCCAUUUAGCUUGAUUGAAAGAGAUGGCAUGGAAAAUCUCAAAAUUGAUAUUCAACACAAGUGCGGAUUGCAAAUUGACAGUAUCGAGGAUAUCUAUCCAUGUACACCGCUUCAAGAGGGAUUCUUAGCCUUGGGCCUUAAACAGCCUGGGAGUUAUAUACAUCGCCAGGUUUACAAGCUGGAACCGCGAGUCGACAUUGAGCGGUUUGUGGAUUCGUGGAACACAGUCAUAAAACAUUGUGGCAGUCUACGAUCCAGAAUUAUUCUGCUUAAUUCGAACGCCUUACAAGCUGUCAUCGCAACGGACGACGCCUGGGAGCAUCCUGUGUCGGGCGUGGAUGUUGAUACCUAUUUACAUACUACACGAAGUAUUCCUAUGAGCUACGGAGACCGCCUUAGCCGAUAUACACUGCUCUACCAGGAUGACGGUGAAGUUUAUUUCAUCUGGAUUGUUCACCACGCAGUGUUCGACGGGCUCAGCAUGAAAAUAGUUCUUAAUGCUCUCCACAACGUUUAUAAUGGCGCUGAACUUGUCUUGUCGCCUUACUCAAAUUUUAUUCGGUACAUCAAGUCACUUGACUCUAAUGCUUCAAGCUUAUACUGGAAAAAAGAAAUGGAAGGGGCACAGCGAUCUCAAUUUCCCGAUACUCCGAUUUCUGUGAAAUCUCAAGACCGUGUGUUUAGGAGAUCUAUGCAAUUCCGCAAUCCCAAGGCAUCGAUCACGGCAGCAACUAUAAUUCGCGCUGCUUGGGCCCUUGUUCUCUCCCAGUACUGUGUUUCCGAUGAUGUGUGCUUCGGCAUGACCUUAUCAGGCAGGCAGGCUCCGGUUCCAGAACUGGACAAUAUUCCAGGGCCAAUGAUAGCGUCAGUCCCCGUGCGCGUCAAAAUUGACCGAGAGAUGCUUGUGUCAGAGUACCUCCAGCAAAUACAAUCGCAUGCUGCAGAGAUGGUCGCCCAUGAGCAAUUUGGGCUUCAGAAUAUCGCCAAACUGGGCCCAUAUGCGAAGGAGGCAUGUGAUUUUGCAAAUCUGCUGGUUAUUCAACCCAUUCAUCAUCUUUCUUCAACUGCUUGUUCUACACUAGAUGCGAUUCUCCAACAAGGAUCGAAAGAAAUGGCAAUAUCUGAAGAAGCUAUGAAGAACUACUUCAACUACCCAUUAGUUCUGCAAGCCUGGGUGGGGGACGGCUUCAUCGACCUCCAAGUGACAUACUAUGAAGACACUAUGACUCAAGGUCAAGUAGAAGCAUUGACAAAUCACUUUGAACAUGUCACCCAACAACUUCUUAGCUUGGAAGACGUUUCUUUGAGACAAGUUACAGGCACUAGCUCGUGGGACAUCCAGCGCGCCAUAGAGUAUAACAGCGAAGAACCAGACAUUAUUUCCGCGUGCAUUCACCAGAUUGUUGAAGAACAUGCUCGAGAACAUCCGGAUACAAUGGCUGUCUGCGCAUGGGACAUGAAACUCUCUUACAGCCAGCUUAAUACUGCUGCUGAUAGGCUAGCAAGCUAUCUUUUCCUUGACUUGGCAGUUAAACAGAAUGACAUUGUCCAUGUUUGCUUCGAAAAGACUGUCUGGUUUUUUGUCUCCGUUCUGGCAAUCAAUAAAGUUGGAGCUGCAUGGGCCCCCUUGGACCCCUCACACCCGAUCAAGCGCCACCAAGAGAUUGUAUCUCAAACAAAGGCAAAGCUGGUGUUAACCUCCUCUAACAACAUUGGAAUAUGCCAUGGCUUGGUCGAUAACGUCGUUGAAGUUUCUUCUACCCUUGAUGAGACGCUGAAGUCGAGGCAACAAGACAGCCAAAAUCUACACCCGGUUUCGCCGGAUGCAGCAGCUUAUGUUUUGUUUACGUCUGGAAGCACGGGUACGCCAAAAAGCCUCGUUAUGCAACAUAAGGCGGCUUGUACGAGCCAGACUGCUACUGUGAAGAGAGUUGGUAUGACGCGAGAUGCUAGAAUGCUCCAAUUUGCAUCGUUCGUUUUCGAUUUGUCGAUUGGAGAAAUCCUAGGCCCCUGGAUUGCUGGUGCUUGCAUUUAUGUGCCGUCUGAAGAGACUAGAAUGAACGGGCUGGCCGAUUACAUUUUCUCUAUGGAUAUUACUUGGAUGUACUUAACCCCUUCAUUCUCGCGCACAUUAAACCCGGAUACAAUCCCUGGCGUUCAAGUGUUGCUUCUCGCGGGAGAGAUGGUUGGCCGUGAUAUUCUAAACACAUGGUUUGGAAAGGUUCGUCUUAUCAACGGAUGGGGCCCAGCUGAAACCUGCGUGUUUAGCACACUGCAUGAGUGGAAAUCUCUCGAAGAAUCGCCGUCUACGAUUGGAAGGCCUGUUGGUGGCUUUUGCUGGAUUACUGAUGAUUCAAACCGACUAGCGCCAAUUGGAGCUAUAGGCGAGAUUGUCAUCCAGGGCCCGACAAUUCUAAAGGAAUAUCUUUCGGAUUCUGCGAAAACCGAGGCAACUAUAACGAAGUCACUACCUGAUUGGAUCCCGAAGCGCCAUUCCGACGGUUGGAACCGACUUUAUAAAACUGGCGAUCUAGGCAAAUACAAUCCGGACGGAACCAUAGAGUUCGUCUCGCGAAUAGAUACACAGAUAAAAAUUCGAGGUCUCCGUGUUGAAUUGGGCGAAAUAGAGUACCAUCUCAAAAUGAAUUUUGAGGGA